AUGAGGGGCCCGCCUAUUGACCAGCUCGUGUUCGAGCACAUGUUUCCCAAGCCCAAGACGUUCGAUCCCCAGGAUUUCUCAGCGCUGCUUCAGCGCAGCCUCAUCCCCGAAGUCCGCCAGGAGACGCACGCCUUCUACGGCCAUCUCGACACGCAAGAAGCAAAGUAUCCGGGGUUGGACUACACUCAUCCGACUCACCGCAUCCGACUCAGCCGGUGGCAGUGGCACCGUCGCCUUUUCCGAGCCUUUGACGCCCUGGGCCUCACGCACGCCGAAAUCUCCUCGCUCACCAAGUGGGAGGGGACCAAGUGGGCCAAGGAAAAGUUCGAGGCCGAGCAAGGCAUUGUGAUUCGAGAUACGGCAGCCGAUGACCUCCCCGACUGGAGGGAGCCCGUUGCCCGGCCAUCCACCCAACAACCAGCGCGAACCGUUAGGAUAAACACCCUCGCUAUGCCGAGCCUGGACGACGACGACAAUAUGGACGUGGAAGAGAGCGAUGAGGAGCUGGCGAGCGUGGGCGUGCCGCUCAACGAGCGCCUGCGCGCACAGGCGGCCAGGCGCGAGGCCGGUGACACGUCGGUCGUGUUGGACGAAGAGUGGGAGCAGUGGCUCAAGAAUGCGAUUGAUAGCGGCGAGCUGGCAGUCCUGACAGACAGAAUGACGGCCGAAAUGCUCGGCCAGUCCCAUCCGUCUAGCUCUGUGACCUCCAACCCCCUUUCCGACGGCAUGCUGCACAGAGCCCGCGCUGGCCAAUGGUCAGAGAUCCCUGAGAUUCUCCAGCCCCUUCUCCGCCGCACCAUCGACAACGAGAACUCCAUCCGCAGUGGGCAGAUCCUGAUUUCGGCGACGCGAUCGACACUGCAGCCUCGUUCCAGUCUUCUUUCACCCGUGACUCGACGAAAUUAUUCAAACCUUCGACUACCAGCAGGCGAGCCUUCGACUAGUCAGCCGGGAGCUCGGGCUCGAGGCGCGUAA